AAUGUUCGCCAUUUGCCAGCUUGAACUCGCAAGCAACGCAUCUUUUUUGUGUCAUAAUAAUUAAACAAAAGCGCAUUCAAAAUGGAGAAUUACCGUACACCCAUAAACGAAACGAAAAUCGCCUUUAACCGCACUCCAACGUUAAAGGAGCGUAAGUGGAACACCCUCAAGGUUAACACCUCCAAUGUACGAUGCUCAACUCCAAUUUUUGGGAAUUUUCGUUCACCUAAUCUCUCGCCCAUCGAGAGCAUGUGCAUGAAGAAGAGUCCGGUAUCGCCCAUGCGGUUUGAAACAUUAAUGAAGCCGCCGAUGAAGGUCCAUCAUCAUCGUCAUCAACGUCAACAUCAUCAACAUAUUCACCGUACACAGCUAAAACCUCCGGUUUUUAACUUGCCCAAACCACAGGAGGAGGUUAUUGAGCCGGAGCGGGAAUUCAAAAGUUGCAGCAGUCCGGACACCUGUUCGGAUGACUCAAAUAUGGAGACCUCGCUCACAUUGGAGACGCGUCGCCGUUCUAUAAAAGCCUCCAACCAUUCUUAUGUAGUAAACCAUGCUGCCAAUGUGGAACAGGUACUUAUGCACAUGGGCCUGGAGAACUAUGUGACCAAUUUUGAAGAGGCCCAUAUCGAUUUGGUGGAACUGGCUUCCAUGGAGCGUGCGGAUCUCAUGAAAAUCGGCCUUAAAGCUGAAGAAGACUGUAACCGAAUAAUGGAUGCCCUUCAAACUCUAUAAACAGAUUGCUGGCAUCACACCAUUAUAUUUGAAUAUGUUAUUUGCAAAAAAAUUUUGUUUUGUUACUAUAAGCGGAAAAUUUGAACUUAAGUAUGUAUUGUAAACUUUUUGUAAAGGACCUGGUGUCUUAAAAUUUGUCUUGUUAAACUCAAAUUAAAUAUUUUAAUAUAAUCUCGAAAA